AUAAAAUGGCGGACAAGUUUGAACUGGAAACGAUGCAAAAAUAUUUGCCUAAAUAAUAAAAUAACAGCAAUGGAAGGAAGCUUUGGCGUCGAUUCAAGAAUGCAAGCGAUUCUUGCGAGUAUUGAGCAACAGGAGAGCGAAGACGAAGGUCAGAGAAGGCUAAGAGAAAACUCUCCACCGCGGAGUCUUGAAGAUUUCCUUGCGACGACUACCAACUGUAACUGGCCGAGCACUAUAGACGAUGAAGACAACCUUGGCGUCUCUGUAGAUACUAUUGGACUGGGAACUUUGGAAGAAAUAAAAGACGACUUGUGUAGCUUUGCUCCUUUUGAUGUAAGUUUGCUGGAUGAUUUACAACGACAGAUUCAAGAGUUGGAGAAUAGGAUCAAUAGGUGUGGUAUCAUGCAUCCUGAAACACGGCCAAGCAGUCAACAAUCCACUGGAAGUCCUUCAAAAACCCAUGUACUCAGCCCUACUAGUGUGAGAGCAAUAAGUGCGGGACACCCAGAUGAAGUCAUCAACAAGAAAGAAAAAGUCACUCAUCGGUUUGGGUUUUCAGAAGAACAAUCAAGUAUUGUGAAGAGUAUUCAGUACACAAACUACCCAGGGUUCUUUCCUAAUGAGAUGACAACACUUCCAGGCCAGCUUGAAGCACCACAAUUGCUGAACAAAGUUAUAAAAGCACAAAAUUUCCCACCAGCAUUUCGUAAGGUGUUGAAGAAGCUGUUUCUUUCAGAGGCAUCAGUUGCGAUCCUACAGGACACAUUCUGGUGGUUCUUUUUAAACUGUUUUCAGUCUGACAAGAGGUCUGCACAGGAUGGUUUGUUUAACAGGAUUGCUGACAGUUUUGUCUGUUUAUUCUUUGGCGUCCCUCCUCCGUAUAAAGACCGCUUCUUCAUGCAUUAUCCGGACUGUCUGGCCCAAGCUGUAUAUGGCGCAUUCUGUGAGGCAUUUCCGAGAUCUUACAGCCUGUUUGACGAAAACUUUAAGAACUAUCUCCUCAAUGUCAUCAGUGAAUGGGUUACAGGUACGAAGCCGCCACCUCAAUCCUGGAAGAAAUGGAACUUCAAGAUACUCGAACCAGCAAACAUCCGUGAACUGCAGGACGACAGGACAAAGUCACUGAAAGCUAACAUGACAUUCGAUGUAGACACGGCUCUAGAGGAAGUACUCCCAACUGAUGACAGACAGGCAAAACGAAGAGGAACCGCAACAGGGCCUUUGUCGGCCACAAAACCUCCUGCUCCCAAAGAAAUGGAGUCUCAUGAAAUUGGACCAGGUCCUGAAUUCGAGAGAGUCAAUUUUAACAUAUUUGGUCAAAGUCCACUGGUGUGUCACUAUCUCAAGAUGAAGGAACUCUCUAGUGGUGAAGGACCAGCGAUAGGCAUCAGCAGAACUGAGAUCUCCAAACAACAAACUCCUACUCCUACGUAUAAACAAGUCAUGGAUGAAACGAAAAAAGCAGUUAAGAUACGAAAUGUCAACUAUCAAAAAGUCCUUGAUUUGUCUACACAAGAAAGCAUCAAGAUUCAACGGCAAAAGCAAAAAGCCAUUCAGAAACUUGACAAACUAAAAAAAGACUUGGUGUUAAAGAACCAAGAUUUCAAGAUUAUCAGUGAUAAACUGAUGGAGUUAAUG